AUGGCCACACAUUAUAGUGCUAAUCAGUUUGAACAAGCCUAUGCCUCACGCCGUUUAGGUAAUUGGGAGUUACCCAAAUGGCAAACCAGAGAUCCGCCUCGACCACGUCAACGUAAAGGCUCUACCCAGUUCAUAGCCAAUGAAAGGGGCCAUCUGUUGGAUAGUUCCAAGAAACUAAAUCAAAAUCCCUGGGGUAAUUUUUCUGGGACCUAUCAAUUACCGGAUAAAUUGACACGGAAAUUUGGUGAUGAAUAUCAUAAAUAUUUGACGGCAACAAAUCAUGGCAAAGAUCUGAGUGAUUUUGGUGUCUCCGGUACUCGAUUGUCAUACCCAAACAAAUGUGAGACCCUAGCAAGGGUGGCUCAACCGAAUCGGCCUUUGCAUGCGUGUGAAAAGAAGGAUUCCCUAGAUUUGGAAUAUAUACCCGGUGAUUUCACCUCCUUUAAGGAACAACAUCCCACACGAGAAUCUCUGUUGGAAAAUAAAUACAAUCGCGAUUACAAUAUAGAACCUCCAUUAAAAUUAGAUCAAAACUUAUUGGGGGAUCAUGAAUGUAAGGCACCGCCUAACAAUUGUGAACCACCACCAUUAAAAUUAACACCCAUUUUGCCACAAACCUCCGCUUUGGUUACAUCGAAUCUUUCACCACGCAUAAGAGAUUUGGAUUUACUUGAUAAUACCAUCACCAAAACGAACCAAUUUUCAACAAAUGUCUUUGACAACGAUUCAGCGGCGGCAAACAUGAUGGGCUCACAAACCAUAACUGGGAAACCCAACGAACGUUGCCCUUCACCUGUGGUGCCAGCCCAUACAAAUUUCGAGCUAGCCAAACGUAUGCAUCAAACCAACCUAAUGCACAAUCCUCUACCAGAUUGUGUGGCAGAUUUGGCAUUUAGAAGACUACAAAUUACCGGUGAUAAUCCUGGGUUGGCAUUAGAUAUUGAACCCAUUGCCAGUGGGGUAGGAGUUAAGACCCAUAACGCUGGCCCCACCCACUGUACCAAAAUGAAAGUGUAUCGACCUCAGACAUCGAGGGUUGUACCCAGAGCCUAUAAUACUAGUGACAAUUUCAGAUCGUAUUCAGCCGCCCCCUAUCCAGAGAAAAAAGUUGGAGCCAUGGAUUUGGCAAUUUGUUGGGAUUUACCGGCCCAAGAACCCCCUAGGCCACGACACAUUGAUGGAUCUAAUGAUUCUGCUGGGCCUGCUGUAUUUAAUUUUGUGAAAAGUCCUCGAGAAGAUCCACCUUUGAACACAGGACGUUCAGCUGGAGUAUUUACCAACACUUUAGGCGAAACUGACUUCUUCGAUAAGGACAUUUUACGACGUAAGACUGAUUUUGGUGGCCAUCGUAUACAAACCGAUGAUGAUUUGGAUCUUUGUCGUCCCAUGCCAAGAGCUCGCAGUGUUUCGCGGGAUAAUAGUGCCUGUCAUCGCAUCGAAAGACUUACAAAACAAUUCCAAUCAAAUCCCGAUAUAUCCGAUCAAGAUUAUAAAGCCUUACGUGAAAAAUAUUUGGGACCAGGGUGUGAUUUUGAUUCUUCACUUGACCCUGGCGGCUGCAAACGUCCAGGUUUCUUUCGCCGAGCUCGUUCGCGGAUUUGUCACAAAGUGGCUCCGGAACCAAAUUGUCAUCAUCAUUACACGGAAAAGAGAAUGCCAUGUAAGGCGGCAUUUCGUGCAGGGCUACCAAGAUUUAAUGCCGCCGGGCAUUUUGUUAGUUCGGAUAGUGGCUGUAGCAUGGGCAGUCAUCAUCAUCAUUCGCAUCCCUCACAACGUGUAUUGGUAGUGCCAAAACCCCGUAAUCCCUAUACCAAAAAGAACUAUGAUAUCGACACAUUGGUGCCGCCAUUUAAAAGUUAUGCCGGUGGGGCGGGGGAAGGUGGUUAUCCGGAACAUUGGCGUCUGACCAGUGUCUAUCAGCAGGCCUACAAACCAAUUCAAAGUCGUAGGAAACCUCUCAUACAAACAGUUUAUAAAUGA